AGUCAUCAAAGUUAGGCAUUUUCUAUUGCAAUUAUCUAGUACUUUGUAUAAUUACAUAAUUAUAUUCCUUGCUUGAAUACUUUCUCCCUGAAGAUAAUGUAAUGAUAUUUAGCAGUAUCAAAUGCAAAUUUCUUCCCUUAGGAAUCAGAAAUCAAAUCUACAGGUAUAGGAUGGAGGACACCUGGCUUGGUAAUAGUACUUACAUAAACAUUUUGAAAAAGUAGAUAAUUACAUACAAUAUAUGAGUGAAUGGUGCAAUGUAGCUGCAAAAAAGGCAAGGACAAUUUGGAUACUUUUAAAAACACAGGAAGAAAGUGCUCCAUUUCAUUGUGUUGGCCAAAUCCCAUGUUGAAUAUUUUGUACAAUUUGGAGCAUAACACUAAGAAGGAUUCAGAGAGAUCCAGAGAAUAACAACAGAAAUAAAUCCAGGGGAAUUUAAUAUGCUCCAGUUAUUGUGUCGGCAACUUUAGGAUUAUAUUAUUCAACAGCAGCUGUGUUUUAUGUACUCCUGAAGAUAGAGACUUUUGCAAGACCAUCCAAGUGUCCAAACAUUUUAGUUUCCUUACUAUUGUUUUAAAUUCCCAAGAACAAAAACUGGGUGGCUAAGAUUGACCAAACAUAACUGCUUGAAGAAUCAUACCACUUUAAUCCUGAAUUCACAGAUUCCACAGUCUUAUUUUUUAAUUAUGCAUGAAUUUGUAUGAAUACAUUUUUUUCAACUAAUCACAGCUAAGCCAACAAUGGUUAUUCAUGGAAACAGAUCUCGAUCACCCCUGUAAACCCAUAGUUUGCUUACUCCUAAUGAUUUCGGUACUUUCUUUGCUCACACAUAUAGCUAAAUGUGAGAUUUAAAUGCCCAUCUUGAUUUACAAGCCACAAAUAAGCAAACCACAGCCUGUUAACACAGCUGCACAAAUAUGUUCACCGCUUUUGUUGUCUCUUCCAGAUGACUUGUCGGAUGCAAGAGACUUUUGAAGUCCCACACAAACAUUUGGCGGAACCAAAAUUAUGUUAGUAUCAGAGAAAAAGAUCAGUCGGGACGGGAAUCUCUCCCCCCCCCCCCCUAUGAUUUUUGGCCUUCAACGAGCUGCGUGAACAGGAGGGCAAAGCUCUGCCGAGGGGAUUUCAAUCCAGACCCCCAACAGCUCUAAGUCGGCCCCAAAAUAGUCGCUCUGCAAUCGCCUUAAAGGCGCAGGCGACCCGUCGAGGGAAAGGCCCGGAGCGGCCCCUAAGGACCCAGAAGGGGCAAAUGUCUGUCGUAGCGAGGCGCUCGCGGUGUCUUUAAGGCGCUGUCCCCGCCCCGUUUUCAGUCUGCUGGACACCCCGCCUUCCUCCUGCCGAACCGGCGGCGGAGGAGCGAGCAGUGCCGUGAGAGGCUACGAACCGCAGGUGUAGGCGAGGCGAGCGCUCCCACACGGCGGCGGCGGCGGCGGCGGCGUGGCCGGAGGAGGUCAUCUUCGUCGGCAGCCAUACCUCCGGCGACGCUCCCCGAAGCCCCGAUCGCCCGGAGGAACGGAUCUGCCCACGAGGCUGAGCUGGAACAUGUCGGUGGUUACCGGAGGUAGCGAACCGGGCCCCGCCGCCGCCGCCGCCGGGGGAGGCACCGGCGGAGGGACCCGGGUUUUCUUUCAGAGCCCGCGCGGGGGAAGCGCCUCCCGUGAAGAUUCGGUCGCCCCAGCCGCCGUGGUCCAAGUCCAGCAGCAGCGGCGCCACCAGCAGGGCAAAGUGACGGUCAAGUACGAUCGGAAAGAGCUGCGCAAAAGGCUCGUGCUGGAGGAGUGGAUCGUGGAGCAGCUCGGGCAGCUGUACGGCUGCGAGGAAGAAGAGAUGCCAGAUGUAGAAAUUGAUAUUGAUGAUCUUCUUGAUGCUGCUAAUGAAGAGGAGAGAGCCCUCAAAUUACAAGAAGCGCUUGUAGAUUGCUACAAACCUACAGAGCGAGAGAACGGGGAGGAUAUGCUGAAUGGGGAUUAAACUGAUAAGGAUUUUAUCAAAGAACUUCUAACUCGGAUAAGAGGGAUGAGGAAACUGAGCCCUCCUCAAAAGAAGAGUAUAUAAGUGAAGACGGAGCCUCUUGAGAGAAGUGAUCAAUAAACUGGAACUAUUAAAUAGGACACCUACUAGUUUGGUUGUUAUGAGCAAUUUUCUCUUUUUUGGCUGAAUUCUGACAUUUUAAAGAAUUCAACCCCUUAUGUUUAAGGCAGUUUUUUUAAAGUGUGAUUUUAUUUUAUCACAGAUAGCAACAUUGUGGAUGCUGCUUUUACUACCUGCAGAUGAUCAAGAUAGAUGGAAAAAACAUCGAUUUUAGAGGGACUUUCCUAGGCAGUUAAUUCUGCCUGCUGGAGAACUACUAGGGAAAUGCUGUUCCUUUACAGCCAGUUUGACCAUUAAGUUGUACACCAGACUCAUGGAUGUUAAGGUUCUUGUGCUUGUGUACAUACAUUAUCAAGUGAGUGUUACUAUUGAUUCACAUCGAUGGAAACGAAAUGUGCUCUAAGUAACAAUAUAAACCGAAGUUAUAACCAAUGUGGUGUUGCGGGCAGGAGGGGAGGGGAGGGGUGCAGUCUGUUACGUGGGGGUGCUGCCACUGUUAAAGCAUUGCAACAAAUGCCUCUGUUCACAAAGCAACACAUAAGCAAACCGGGGUCCAAGGGCUUGAUUUUUUUAGGGUUUGAACUACUAUUACCAACUUUGAGGCUCAGCCAGAUGAUCUCCCUUCGUUUUAUGAUCUGUUAGGAUUGAUCAACCUACUGCUAAAAGAUCUGAUAGGACAGCAAGAAAAAAGGCCAAUACCGUUAUGAGAAAGCCCUGCAGAGAAGGGAAAUGCAAGUCCACCCACCCCCUUCUUAUGAUAAGAAUAUCUGACUAUUGCUUCCUAUUUUGACAUCCAACUUGGUAGGUUGGCUGGCUGACUGGCUAAGUGAUCUAGGUUGUAGAAGAGAAAGCCUGUUCCCCAAACUCUUCAGGAAAACAUUCUGUGUUCUAAUGCAGUGUUUCUCAACUUUAGCAACUUAAUAGCAUGCUGGGUGAGGAAUUCUGGGAGUUGAAAUCCACCUAUUUUAAAGUUGCCAAGGUUGAGAAACACUGCUGUAAUAUUUCACAAGCUACCAUCUGCUGGUAGAUGCUAGUCUGGCAUUUUAUAUCAAGGGUGCUCUGAACAUAAUUUUAUUUUUUAAAAAAAGAAGAAAUACAUGUUUGUGGACUUUAUGUAUACUGGCAAGCUUUUUUAAAUGUAUUUAAUUUUGUAAUGUUUUAUUAAUGACUUUAUUUACCAGAUAUUUACUCAAAUAAAUGCAACAAAUGGAAAUGUUGUUAUGUAUAUGUUAACUGUUGAUAGAAAACUGGAACAUGAAGGUGAAAAAAGCUAUUUUAAUUUUGGGUAGGUAACUAACAACUUCAUAAACUAUAUGCACACUGUUUCCUAAGGAGUUGAUACAUAUAUGCCCUUCAACAGCUUUUCUCUGUUUUCAGGAUUAUUUUUAUUUAAAUGAUUCAGUUAUUUGAAUGGCAAAAUUUCAUGAAAAGAAGUGUAUUUCCCAAGCACAUUGUACUCUAUUUUAAUAUUAAUUGUGAGUUACAUAAAGAUAUGUAAAACCUU